ACGCUCGCGUUUCAAUCAUAGAUUAUAAAAAAGUUUCAAUUCAACGUCUCUGUCGCGUUAAUCUGUUAGUAGCUUUAACAGUGUUAAAUUUAUAUAUCGCCUCUAAAAUAAUCUCCUGAGACGCUUUCAUGUAGUAUUAUGUGGAAACAAUGUCGCGUUUAGACGUAAUCUGUGAGAGGAUUCACGACGCUCACGGGCCGCGGUGGGAACGCGGCGGCAUUUGCGUCGCGUGCGUCGCGGAGAUGAUGGACAGGUCGGAUGUGUCGGCGGUGCGCAAGCGCGCGGCGCUCGUGUCCGUGAUGCGCGUGGACGCGGCUCGGGAGCUGCUGUACUGCGAAGAACAGCGAAGAAUACACUUCAUCACAUCAUUACUGAAAACGCUGUUCAGUGCUGUGGAUUCGUCUCUCCUGGAUCAGACUGUUCAAGUCCUGCUGCAGGUGACACUGGACGUCCCGAAUCAAGCGCUUCUGCUCUUCAUCCUGGAUCAGAUCCACUCUCGGUGGACUGACGGGGAGAAGGCGUCCUUGUCCUCCUUGACGUUUCUGGGUAAACUGCUGGACGCUCAUCCGGCUCUGAGUCAAACGCUGACGUCCAGCCGCCUGUGUGUGCUGGAGUGUGUGUGCUCAGCUCUGCUGGUCUCAGAUGAGGACGUGAAGGCCGCCGUGUGUUACGUGAUGUUCAGGAUCUGGAGUUUCUCCGCUGCGGUUCAGACUCUUCCAGACACACUCCGACAGCGCAUGUGUGUGUUACUGCUGCACACGCUCUCACACACACACACCACAGCGCUCACCGUCAACUGCCUGGGUGUGGUGAAGCAGAUGUGUCAGUACUCUGAGGUCGUGUGUGUGUUGAUGAGUCUGAAGGACGGAGGUGAAGAUCCUCUGCCGUAUCAACCACUGCCACUCAUCCUGAAGAAGCUGUUGUUGAGCGCUCAGGACUCUCUGCAGGUGGUUUCUGUGCGCUGUGUGUGUGCCGUACUGAUCCAUGCUCCUCUUCACUUCUCUUCGUCCUUCAUUCAGGCGGAUUUACCCGAGUUCCUGUUGGAGGUGAUGAGCGGCGGCUGCAGUGACGUCUUGUUGUGGUCAGUGUUCAGUUGUUUGCUGCUGCUGUCUGAAGAUCCGCUCUUCUUCUCGCAGUGUCACGCCGUCUAUGGUGUGGAGCCGCUGGUUCGCUCUCUGAAAGAGGCUCUGGGAAAAUCCAACACUGAGGUGCAGAAAAAAGGACUGGAGCUGCUGACGGUCAUAUUGGACAGGCAGCCUGCAGUGGUGCGUCUCUUCCCGACCAGCUCCGAGUUUUCUGCCGUGUGUGAUGUCAUCGUGGAGGGCGUGGCCUCGUCCUGUCUGCAGGUGUCCAUGUGUGCGGUGCGAGCUGCUGCUGUCCUGCUCAGGCCCAAUCAUCAGUCCAGUCCGGUUCAGCUCGCAGACGUCAGGAGGAUCGUGGAGGUCGUGAUGUCCAAAAUCACUGAACACCAUCACACACGCAGCAGAGAGAGCUGCUCUGGCUCAAAGUCAGGAGUUUUACUGCAGACGCUCACAUGCUUCGACGCCGCCUGCAGGUUGGUGGAGGCGUGUGUGUGUGACUCGUCUCUGAAGGACGGUGUGUGUUCAGCUCAGGAGACACUGGACUCUGUGUGUGUGUUUCUGCUGCACUGCUGCGACGCUGCCUGCAUCCCAGCAGUGACCGGUGUGUGCGAGCGCAUCUCGUCUCCUCAGGUGCUGCAGCUCUUCCUCUCGGCUCUGUCACGUCAGUUUUCUCUGUGUCCUGAUCACAUGACCUCCUUCUCCAGGAAGCUCGCCGCGUCUGGAUUCAUCAGACUGACUCUGGAGAGUAAAGCUCAGCUGUGUUCAGGGAACAGGAACGUGUCUCUGAAUCAGAUCUGCUGUGAUUUCCUGCUGAAGCUCUGCAUGUGUCUGAUCUCACAGGAACACACCUGGACCAGUGAGCUGCAAGAUGUGGAGCGUGUCCUGCAGGAGUCUCUGCCGUCUCUGUGCUGCUGCGCGUCUGAUUGGCUGUCUGUGCUCUCUGAUUUCCCACAAUCCCUCAGAAACACUCAGCACUGCCUCAUCUACCUGCUGCACCUGUCGCUGCUGCACGGGGACAGGUUUCUGAGCGACUCGGCCGUGUUCUGCGCUGUGCUGCGCUUCGUCUCGUGUGUUCAGGAUCUUCCUGCGUCUGUGUUGAGUUCAGUGCUCUAUCUGCUGUCCGUCACUCAACACGCCGGGCCUCGUCUGGACACGGUGUCUGUGAGCGUCCUCUCUAAAGCUCUGUCCUCCUGUCCGCUGCUCUUCUCUCGCGCUCUUCCUCUGUCCGUCCUGAGCCUCAUCUUCCUGUAUCCGGAGCUCUCGGAGCGGUUCGGAGCGCCGGCUCUGACGGGACGUCUGUCAGAGGACACUCAGGAGCAGGAGCUGCUGGAGCUGCUUCACACAAACCCUGCAGCGCUGCUGGCCACACUGGCCGUGGCGUGUGAUGCCGAGUCUGCAGCGUCACGUUCAGCCGUCGCUGUGCUGCUGUGUUUCCUGCGAUCGGCCGACAGUCUCAGCAUCAGCGGGACGUCUGAUCUCUGUGAUCAGAUCCGAUCGGUGCUGCUCAGCGUCCUGCAGAGACACACACACACAGACGGUCUGUCUGUGCUGCUGGACGUGUCGUCUGUGAUUCACUCGUCCGCUCAGAUGGAGCACACUGACUUCAGACUCCUGUACCACGUCAGUAAUCUUGUAGGAAAGCUGGACUCCAGUGACUCUGAGGUGCUCCUCUCUGUUUUCAACUUCCUGUACUGCUUCCUGUCUGUGUGUCCUCCACACACUACUGAUAGAGCGGUGUCUCUGCUGCUGGGAAACGUCAGGCUGAUGGAGCUGCUGGAGGAGGUUUUAUCUGCCUCCUCAUCCUCAUCUUCAUCACUGUUGUGCUCCUCUCUGCUCCUGCUCUCCUCCCUCACACUCCUGCAGCACAAACACUCCGCUCAGGUUCACAGGAGCGUCAGUGUGGAUCUGCAUCAGAUAAUCAGACGACUGGCCUUCAGCAAGAGACACACGGACACACUGCUCAUCAAGUGCAGUGUGCGCUUCGUGCAGGUGUGUUUGGAUGUGGACACGUCUGCUCUGCUGUGUGUGUGUGACGCAGCACUGCAGCGACCUCUGACCUCUAUAGAUGGCGCUCUUCAUCCCAUCGGACACAGCGGCGCUACAACUCAGAUCAAUGAAUCCUACGAUCAGUUUCAGAAAGAAACACAAACCCUGUUCUUAUUGAAAGAAAACAGGUUGACGAUACUGAAUACAAGAUUUGGUGAUAAUACAGCACAAUGA